AUGCCUGCAUUUUCAGUAGACCAUAGUCGCGGUGGUGCGGUGAUCAGCAUCGAUGCUAGUCAAACUUUCAAAGGGUUGUCCGCAAAAACUCCAAUCGAAGAAGAAUCCAAGAAUACUGAAGAAGCAUCAUAUUCAGCAGAAGCAGAAGAAGCAGACGAAGAACACGAAGGCGAGGGAGAACUAUCGGUACCCUACAUCCUUGAGCCACGAAAUCUGAAACGAGGAAGGAGCGAUGCCCACCAAAAGAGUGCCGAAUCCAUCUACACACAGAAUCUUUCUGGUUGUAGCUGGAUCCAGUCAUCAAAGAUGUCAAAGAUGAAGGAGAUUCCAAAAUUCACAAGUAGAGAAGCGAUGAUGGGUUUAGUCCUGGGGUCUGGUUGUUUUGGUGCAGUCUAUGAAGUCAGAGGAUUUUAUCUCAACACACAACAUACACAAAAGAGCUCUCUGAAAGACGACAUUCGGUCGAAACGCAGUGGAAGAGAAGAACCCAGUGAAAUCAGUGAAAUCAGUGAACGCAAAUUUAUUGCUCGGCACUGCUACUGCAACAAUGGUGAUGCUCGGUAUGCCAUCAAAAAACUAAAGCCUAGCAUUCUGGAAGACGAUUUUAUGAAUGGAAUGGCCGCUUUGGCCAAUGAGACAGUCUAUCUAGCAUGCUUACAGCAUCAUCCCAACAUUAUCAAAUUGAGAGGCAUUGCUGUGGAAAACAUGUUUAGUAUGGAUUACUUUCUCAUUCUAGAUCGAUUGUACGACACCCUUCGAAUUCGUAUUCUCACAUGGGAAAAGAAGAAGAAUCACACCAAAGGAUUUGUGCGUUCUUACAUCAAGGAUCGGGAUGGAGAAAAGAAGCGGAAGCUAUUGGAAGCGCGAAUGAAAUACGCCAUGGAUCUAAUGGCCGCUAUCGCCUACAUUCAUGAACAUCGGAUUAUUCACAGAGACAUCAAGCCGGACAAUAUUGGAUUCGAUGUCCGCAACGACAUUAAGCUAUUUGAUUUUGGUUUGGCCAGAGAAAUGCCCACCCCAAAGGGCAAUUCUCCUGACGAGACCUUCCAGUUUACCUCCGCAGGAUCUCCUCGAUACAUGGCCCCAGAAGUUGGACUCGACCAAAAACACAACCAAUCGUGUGACAUUUACAGUUUUGGAUUAGUAUUCUGGGAAAUGUUGACCUUGAAACGACCCUUCAAGAAUGAAAAGACAAUGGAGCAGCUGAAGGAAGACGUUUGGUAUCCCUGGGGACCCCAAGAGAGGCCAGAAAUCCCGGCCAAAGAGUUUUCCUACAGCAUUCAAAAGAUUUUGAAGGAAUGCUGGCAUCCCAGACCUCAAGCCCGACCAAAGGCCCACAACCUACUGGAGGAUUUGAAGAAGGAAUGCUUGAAGCUACGACAAGACACGCGAGUGAGUCAUACGGCACGACGAAGUACCUUUGUCAUGGAGGAUGGUCAUCAAGGCAGAAAAAGUCAUGAUAUGACGAUACGAAAGUUAUCGGACAUGAUCAAGGAGGAGGAAUCAUCGCCACGGUUGUCUGUCCGUGGUGAAACCCAACUCGACAACACAACCCUGGAGGAUUUUGAUUACUUAGAACGGAGUCGGAAGUCGAUAGACGACGUGAGGCAUUAUGCAUCACUUGGGCUAUAG